UGGGUCGCCAUGGGGACGGGGCUGUUCCCGGGGAGGCUGUGAUGGGUUGACAGGUGCGUGACAGUGGGAGCUGCUCUCGGCACAAGCAUGUACGGCAAAGGCAAGAGUAACAGCAGCGCCGUCCCGUCCGACAGCCAGGCCCGGGAGAAGUUAGCGCUCUACGUGUAUGAAUAUCUGCUCCAUGUAGGAGCUCAGAAAUCGGCCCAGACAUUUUUAUCAGAGAUAAGAUGGGAAAAAAACAUCACAUUGGGGGAGCCGCCAGGAUUCUUACAUUCUUGGUGGUGUGUGUUUUGGGAUCUCUACUGUGCAGCUCCAGAGAGACGGGAAACCUGUGAACACUCGAGCGAAGCAAAAGCCUUCCAUGAUUAUAGUGCUGCAGCAGCUCCCAGCCCCGUGCUAGGAAACAUGCCCCCAGGAGAUGGCAUGCCCGUAGGCCCCGUGCCACCAGGGUUCUUUCAGCCUUUUAUGUCACCUCGGUACCCUGGAGGCCCAAGGCCCCCGUUGAGAAUACCUAAUCAGGCACUUGGAGGUGUCCCAGGAAGUCAGCCAUUACUCCCCAGUGGAAUGGACCCAACACGACAACAAGGACAUCCAAAUAUGGGUGGACCGAUGCAGAGAAUGACUCCCCCAAGAGGAAUGGUGCCCUUAGGACCACAGUCUGACCCUUGGUUAUCAUUACAGAACUAUGGAGGUGCAAUGAGACCCCCACUGAAUGCUUUAGGUGGCCCCGGAAUGCCUGGAAUGAACAUGGGUCCAGGUGGUGGUAGACCGUGGCCAAACCCAACAAAUGCCAAUUCAAUACCCUACUCCUCGGCGUCUCCUGGGAACUAUGUAGGUCCUCCAGGAGGUGGAGGACCACCAGGAACACCCAUCAUGCCUAGUCCAGCAGAUUCAACCAACUCGGGAGACAACAUGUAUACUUUAAUGAAUGCAGUACCUCCUGGGCCUAACAGACCUAAUCAGUUUCCAAUGGGCCCUGGAUCAGAUGGUCCCAUGGGUGGACUAGGAGGAAUGGAGUCCCACCACAUGAACGGCUCUUUAGGCUCAGGAGACAUGGACAGUAUUUCCAAGAAUUCUCCCAAUAAUAUGAGCUUGAGUAACCAGCCGGGCACUCCAAGGGAUGAUGGCGAAAUGGGGGGCAAUUUCCUAAAUCCCUUUCAGAGUGAAAGUUACUCCCCCAGCAUGACCAUGAGUGUGUGAUCCAUUACCGCGUCCCCUCAUGAAAACCAUCGUGAGUCAGCCCAUCACAAAACUACUACGGAAGAAAACUACUCAUCGUGUACAGUUAGACAACGGAAUCUCAGACAACCAGACCACCUUUUAGUUCCUGCUCUCUCCCCUAUUUUGAGAAGAAAGCGGGCCCACACGUGAUUCAAGCAACUGUACGGAGCUGCCCAUUAGCUGCCCCAACUGAACUGCGGUGAUUAUCUGUGUGUGUGUGGGGAAGAGAAUGCAUCGUAUGUGCAGAUCUGUAUGCACAUAUAUGCAUACGUGCAUUGACCCACAGGACAUUGUAAGAUAUUAUCACACGACAUCUUAAGUAGAAGUAAGUAGGGACUUUUAUUCCAUCCUUUUUUUUCACGUUUACAUUUUAAUUAUUAAAGGUUGCUCCUGCGCUUCCUGAACUAUUUUGUGCUGUGUACAUCACUGCUUUAUAUAAGUUAUUUUUUAAGGUGAACUCAGAUGUUAUGGUUUUGUAAAUGUCUGCAAUCAUGGAUAGGAAUAAAAUUGCUUAUUUGAGAGCUUUCA